AUGGGAUGGUUCUGGGCUGAUCAAAUUCCCGCUGCCGGGCAUAUGUCCAGCGGUCACCCGGCAGCCCUGACUGGCAUGGAGCCUCCUGCUAGCUGCCCGAUGCAUAAAAAGUCGCUUGAUAAGCUGAUUCCCGGCACCGAAGCGACGAAAUCUGCGCCUCCCCUCCCUUCCACGUCCGGCUGCCCCGUUCCCCAUGACCAGCGCGCCGCGGCCGUUGCUUCGGCCACGUCGAGACCAGCAGCAACCGCCUCGGAGCCCAAGUCGAUCCUGUCGCAGCUUAACCCUCUCAACUACAUGUUCUCCGACCUGUCACAGAAGCCGGCGCACAACCAGACGCACGCGCUGCCCACAUCACGCGAGGAGUCGACCAUUCCAAAGGGCGAUGGCCAUGGCACGUGGGAGUAUCCCUCCCCUCAGCAAAUGUACAAUGCGCUACUGCGCAAAGGCUACGCGGACACGGAUAUCACGGCUGUCGAGUCCAUGGUCUCUGUCCACAACUUCCUGAAUGAGGGCGCCUGGGCGGAAAUCGUCGGUUGGGAGCAGCGCUUCCACCGCGGUCUCUACAGGGGCUGGCAGCUGUGCAAGCGAGGCGAGGAGCACUUCGAAGAGGAGAUGGAUCGUAACUGGGACGGCAAGGAGCCCGAACCUAGUCUUAUCCGAUUCCAGGGCAGACCAAAAGACAUGACGCCCAAGGCGGCCAUGCUCCAGGUUCUGGGCUGGAUUUAUCCGUCCAAGUUUGGAACCGAGCCGCCUUUUGACCGACACGACUGGUAUAUCUCGCGCGAAGUCAACGGCGAGCAGAAGGAGAUUCGAUACGUCAUUGACUACUACUCUGACGAUGCGGACGAGAGCGACGAGCCAGUCUUCUACCUCGAUGUCCGUCCAGCGGCUACACCACAGGGAGCUGCCGAGAGGAUUAUCCGAUGGAGCAGCGACGUAUGGUGGAAGGCUAUCGGUGGUGAUGUGCGAGAGCAGAAUCCGCAACCAUUCUUCCGCCACAACUCUCCCAAGCCAUUUGGUUAA